CCAGCACUUCAUCACUGUAAACAGACAGGUGCAGUACAAUGUGUGACCAGUAGGUGGCGGUGUCCUGCAUUGCACUUGGCCCAGCAAGGGGUGGUGCGCCGAGUAUUCUGUGCCAGGUCAUGAGACUUCCGGUUCCCCCCUGGACUGUCAUCGAUAGUUCCGGUGUUUUUCCAGUCCUGAUGCUCCAAGUUCCGCUGGUCUCUUCCUAGAGUCUCCUCCUCUCCCCCUCCGUUUCUCCGGUGUCUCCCUCACUCCAGCUGUACCUCCUCCCCCCGGUGUCCUCACCCGGCCCCCGGGAUGCUGUCCCUCCUGUCUCGGCUGCUGGACUGGUUCCGCUCCCUCUUCUGGAAGGAGGAGAUGGAGCUCACCCUGGUCGGGCUGCAGCACUCAGGGAAAACCACGUUUGUCAAUGUCAUAGCGGUGAGAGAGAGAGGGGGGUCUCCUGGGAACUGAAACCAACAAUGGGCUACAAUAAAAUGGCUGAUCUGUAGGACUCCGAUUUGUUGUGGAUCACCUUUCCCCAUGGCUGGCUGAGCAUCAAGGGAAAUGUAGUCUACAACAGCUGAGGGUCAGACAUCAUGGUUCUUUGUAUAUUAUGUAUAGCUAUAUAUCUUACAUUUGUUUACCAAGAGCACCAUGCAACUUCUACACCCUGAGGGUCAUGUGCAGCACAUGAAAAGUGCUUCCUUGCAGUAUGUAUGAUUCCAGUGCUGGAGGUGGGAUGUACAUUCACAGGGUUACUCACUAAAGUGAGAAUUGUCAAGAAUUCGAAGUGAAUUUCAAAUAGAAUCCUCACUUUAUUGAAUAACACUGUUUGUAAAAGGGGAAGUCUGUGACAUGUGAAUGCUGCUUGUUGCAGGGAAGUCCAUUAAAUGCACUGCCCACUAGCAGAGUUAGUUGUUGAAAAUUGGAACUGUUAUUAGAAAUGCCAAAGGUAUAUGUAUAUGUGUAUAUAUAUAUAUAUAUAUAUAUAUAUAUAUACACACACUUCCGGCACCCAGAGCACUUCUGCCCAUUGGAGUGGCCUGGGUGCCAACUCCCACUACCCUUAAUCCUGCCAGUGUAAUGAUUGCAGUUUUCAUAAACUGCAAUAUUUACAUUGCAGGGUUAAGUCCUCCUCUAGUGGCUGUCUACUAGACAGCCAUUAGAGGAGACUUUCGUGUUCAUAGAACAUGAAGUGUUUUAAAACGACGCUGGACGUCCUCACGCUAUGUGAGGACCUCCAGCGUCGCCGAUAUCCCCAUAGGAAAGCAUUAUAUAAAGCUUUCCUAUGGGGAGGUCUAAUGCGCGUGCUCGACCAUUGGCGGAGCCUGACCAGCGCCGAGGGACAUCAGCGCCUGACUCCGAUAAGUCACUGAAGGGGUUUUAACAAAUGUUUUCCUGGCACUGGAGAAUCCCUUUAAAUCAAAUGGCAGAGAAUAAACCAGUGAGACUGCAGGGGCAUGAUCUAUACACCAAAACGUUUUCAUUAAGCUAAAGUUGUUUUUGGUAACUAUAGUGUCCCUUUAAAUUUCAGUUGACUUCUCUACAAUCCACACACUCUCAUUGAUGCAUGUGCUAGAAAGCCUAAUGGAUCUGACAAAUCUCUCUUUGUCUCUAUCUAUUGGAUGAAAUUAGAUUUCUGGAGAACCUCCUUUUCUCUAGUCCUUAAAGGACCACUAUAGUGCCAGGAAAACAUACUCGUUGGAAGGGGGAAAGGGGUGAAAACGUACCUUUUUCCAGCGCUGGGCGGGGAGCUCUCCUCCUCUGAUCCUCCUCUUCUCCUCCCAUGCGGCUGAAUGCGCACGCGCGGCAAGAGCUGCGCGCGCAUUCAGCCGGUCACAUAGGAAAGCAUUAUCAAUGCUUUCCUAUGGACGCUUGCGUGCUCUCACUGUGAUUUUCACAGUGAGAAGCACGCAAGCGCCUCUAGCGGCUGUCAAUGAGACAGCCACUAGAGGAAUUGGGGGAAGGCUUAACCCAUUGAUAAACAUAGCAGUUUCUUUGAAACUACUAUGUUUAUAAAAGAAUGGGUUAAGCCUAGCUGGACCUGGCACCCAGACCACUUCAUUAAGCUGAAGUGGUCUGGGUGCCUAGAGUGGUCCUUUAAAGCAUUUCAAAGGGAGAGUUAAAAACCAUAAUUACACAUAUUAAAGGACCACUCUAGGCACCCAGACCACUUCAGCUUAAUGAAGUGGUCUGGGUGCCAGGUCCUUCUAGGGUUAACCCAUUUUUUCAUAAUUAUAGCAGUUUCAGAGAAACUGCUAUAAUUAUGAAUGGGUUAAGCCUUCCCCUAAUUCUCAGUGGCUGUCUCAUUGACAGCCACUAGAGGCGCUUGCGUUUCUCACUGUGAAAAUCACAGUGAGAGCACGCCAGCGUCCUUAAAUGCUUUCCUAUGAGACCGGCUGAAUGCGCCGCGCAGCCGAGCGGCGCAUUCAGUGGGCGGGAACGGAGGAGGAGAGCUCCCCGCCCAGCGCUGGAAAAAGGUAAGUUUUUACCCCUUUCCCCUUCCAGAGCCGGGCGGGAGGGGGUCCCUGAGGGUGGGGGCACCCUCAGGGCACUAUAGUGCCAGGAAAACGAGUAUGUUUUCCUGGCACUAUAGUGGUCCUUUAAGAAUGCAUGUACUUGCAUCCAAGAAUCCAGAAUAUGCAUGAAGACAUAUAAUUAUCCAUAUAGUAACAUGAAAAUACAUUUAGAAUGAAAUUAUAGAUUUGUUACUAUAAUUAAUAAUAGAUAUUAGCUUUUCAUAUAAGAACAGCCCAGCUGAAAUACCAGUUGAUUUAAUUUGCAAGCCCUAUAUUUGACACUGUAACUUUUCAAACGUCCAUAAAAUCUGCACAUGGGAGGCAUUGCUGUAGUUGUGGGACAUACAGCAUACAAAUGUGUUUUAUAGCAGUAAAAUCUAACCAUAUUAUGAAAUUCACGGUUAAAAUGCCAUGCAGAACUUGGUUGAACAGACCUAUUGGUCAACUUUUAGGUUUUGUUUUGGUUUAGUACUUGGACAAUUGCCUUCAUCUUUAAAUAGACACUAUAGUCACCAGGACCAAUACAGCUUAAUGUCCCUACAAGCUUUUCACAGAAAUGUCUGUGUUUAAAUUGCUGCCUAGUAACAACUCUAAUUGCAGUCACACAGACAGCCACUAGAGGUACUUCUUAUCUCAGUGCUGUACAUGAAGCACAUACAUUAUACAAUUCCCAUGAGCAAAACGUUAUCAUCAUGAUAAGGAUUGCAGUCAAUCGCUGCCGCACGGCAGGCAGCCUUAAAAUGAAAGGCAUACUGUAAAGUAGUAAUGGGGAACAUCACUUCUCAAAGUACUCUAGGAUUAUAUUGAGUUUUAGCUUACUUUUAGUUAUUAGUUAUCUGUGUCUUUAUGCCAUGUCACAAUCCCCCACUUUGAACCCUGCAAGUGAAAACAUUGCCUUCUGCAGAACAGCUGUGGUUUCAUUGUCUCUUGUAACUGUCACACAGAUACCAUAGUUGCCAAAUGUAAUGUGUUUAUAAAUGAGGGUUUCAUAACACUCCUUGGUUUAUCAAGACCAGACAGAUAUUUAACAGUCAGUACUGAUAGCACUAGCCACAUACCCAUAGCAUUGAGGGUUACUGACUUCUGCAUUUUAACCCCUUAAGGACACAUGACAUGUCAUGAUUCCUUUUUAUUCCAGAAGUUUGGUCCUUAAGGGGUUAACCCCUAAAGAAUCAGUGAUGAUCUGUGCCGUCAUAACAACCCAUGCUUUAAGCAUCCCAUCGUAAAAUGAGAAGACUUGUCCAGUUAAUAUUAGCAAUUUAAAGGACCACUAUAGUGCCAGGAAAACAUAUUCGUUUUCCUGGCACUAUAGUGCCCUGAGGGUGCCCCCACCCUCAGGGUCCCCCUCCCGCCCGGCUCUGGAAAGGGGAAAGGGUUAAAAACUUACCUUUUUCCAGCGCUGGGCGGGGAGCUCUCUGCUUCCUCUCCUCCUCUUCUCCUCCUCCUGGACUGAAUGCGCACGCGCGGCAAGAGCUGCGCGCGCAUUCAGCCCGUCGCAUAGGAAAGCAUUUACAAUGCUUUCCUAUGGACGCUUGCGUGCUCUCACUGUGAAAAUCACAGUGAGAAGCACGCAAGCGCCUCUAGUGGCUGUCAAUGAGACAGCCACUAGAGGGAAUAGGGGAAGGCUUAACCCAUUCAUAAACAUAGCAGUUUCUCUGAAACUGCUAUGUUUAUGAAAAAAUGGGUUAACCCUAGCUGGACCUGGCACCCAGACCACUUCAUUAAGCUGAAGUGGUCUGGGUGCCUAGAGUGGUCCUUUAAAGGAACUUAACAGUGAGAAUCUAGGUCCUCCACUGAGCAGAGCAGUACUGUGCUUCGGCUCAGAGCGUUAGCUGAGUACCCUCGGCCAAGAAUUGUAUUGGACCUGCUUACAUUCCAGUUCUCCUGCAAGAGAAGAUAGAUUAUGAUUUGAACUCCUGGGUGACCCAGGUAAGUUGUCAAACCGUUCUAGCACCAAGACACACCUGGAACCAUAACCACUAGAAUGGGUUGUGGUCAUGAUGCUUGGAAGUGUUUCUUUAACAUUGAGCUGCCAUAGCUAAAUAAUCAUGUUAUUCCAUGCUGGCAGAAGUUCUCUAUGGACCAAUUUGUAUCAUUUAGCCUUUUUCUGAUGUUAAUGUACCUGGUGUUUCAGGAAGAUGGGAAGAUGUGGCUUUCUUCCUCAUGACUACAUUAUAUCUGUAGCGCUGGAAAAAAAAAAAAAUCAGGUUUUCCCAGAUUUUAAACAUGUCAUAUCUGACAACUAAUUAUUGUACACACCUAGGAAUAUUUUGUUUCUGGCCUGGUUGCUUCUCAGGAUGUUCUAAUUGAGUUGUGUUUAAUAGUUAAUCUCUGUGUCUGGGUUAAUGCACUGAUAAUAGGCAUCCCAUGUUUACAAGAGUAAAGAAAGACAGUUGUUAGCUGUCAAAGGACUCUACCAAAUCCCUUUACUAAUAUUAGAAACACAUGAUCAUUGCAGUAUUCUGAUGGAGUGGGGGUCUGUGUUAUAUUACACAUCAGGGAUUUAUAAUCGUCAUUGCUGAAUCACAAGAUGACUAUAACCAAAAUCAUAUCCUUCAAAAUCCCUGUUUUAUCUAAGAGACACACACUGUUUGAUGAAUCUAGGAAUUAUAUGAAAUUGAGAAGGGAUUUGUGAAUGCUAGGCCAAUAAUAUCCAGACUAGAGAACUAGCAGAAAUUGAUCAUUUAUCUUAUUGGGGUUCUGGUCUUAAAUGUAUAAUUCUCUUUUCAGGUUUCCACAUAUUCCUGGAUUAAUGCAUAAUCUUGAAAGUAUUGUGUAUUUCUGCAGUUUAUUUACUUAACUGUGAAUAGUGGAAAAUUAACAUUGGAAUGGCCACUGUUGGACCAGAAUUGCUGAAUUGGAAAAAAUUCUCUGGCUCCAAUAUAUAUUUCCAGCUCAACUAUUUUGGCUUGAUAUUUAUAGCCCUCUAUACACAAUAAACCCAAAUGUGUGUUUCAUUGCAGCUCUACUGUGUCUGUAGCGAUAUGAUCCAUACUUAUGGUCUUUUAAACAAUCUGAUGUUACACUAUAAGAAGCAUUGGGAUGCAGGGCUCUUACACAGCUGCCCUGCAGUGCAUCUCAUAGAGCAGCAUUGGAUGCUUGACAGCUGGGAGCAUGCCUCCUUGUCAGUUUAUACAAGUUCUGAUUUAUCUUUGAAGUGGUCUGGGUACAGUGUCUCUGUCCCCUUAACCCUGUAAUGUAAGCAUUGCAGUUUCAGAGAAACUGCAAUACUUACAUUGCAGGGUAUUGACUGCCUCUAGUGACUGUCUCCUAGACAGCCACUAGAGGCACUUUUGAUGGUUUCACAGAGCGCUUCUUUAAAGGAACACUGUAGGCACCCAGACAACUAUAGCUCAUUGAAGUGGUUUGGGUGCAAUGUCCCAUCACCCUCACCCUUAAAAAAACUGCAAUAAUUACAUGCUAGGGUUAGCUCCUCCUCUAGUGGCUGCAGUGGUUAUUAACCCCUUCUGCAGCAUGGGGGGAGAGAGGAAAGCUUGACAAAGGGGGAAGCUAUAGGACUAGGAAAACAAAUUUUUCCUGGCACUAAUGUUUCCAUUUACUGACUUCAACCUUCGGUGACUGCAGCGUUUCUGUUAUGCUUUUUGCUUUUUUAAGCCUCUCAUUAUCUGAAGUGGGCCUGUUGGGGCUUAUUGAAGACCAAACCUAACUAGCUCUGCUUCCAAGAAAUUCACAAACUGGCAGUUACACACCAGUGUUAGUAUGACCCCAGCUUUUUCACAUUUUAUUAUUAAUUCAUACAAAGUAAAAAUAAAAUGUUAAAGCUAGGUAACCUAAGUCACAGUUUAAUUUAACCCCUUAAGGACUGAGACAAAUGUACACGUUGUGAUCAAAACAAACAGAAACUUGAAUUUGCGCUAUAUGUCUGUUCAGGCGUAAUUCACCUCUUUCAUAUUAUGUGCACUCACACUUCUUAUAUAUUAUUUUAUUCAGGGGAAAUAGGGCUUUCAUUUAACAUCAAAUAUUUAGGUGUAAAACAUAAUUUAAUAGGAAUAAAAUAUAAAAAAAUGGGAGAAAAUAAGAAUUUUAAAAAAAUGUUUAGUUCUAUGUGACAUUCUAACUGUGAAUGUCAUAAUACUGUUUGAUGUUACUGCAAUAAAAUACACAUAUUUGUAUUCAGCGAUGUCUCACGUGUAAAACAGUACCCCCUAUGUACAGAUUUUAUGGUGUUUUGGGAAGUUACAGGGUCAAAUAUAGCAUGUUACAUUUUUCAGUUUUUCACAUUGAAAUUCGCCACAUUGGUUACGUUGCCUUUGAGACUGUAUGGUAGCCCAGGAAUGAGAAUUACCUCCAUGAUGGCAUACCAUUUGCAAAAGUAGACAACCCAAGGUAUUGCAAAUGGGGUAUGCCCAAUCUUUUUUAGUAGCCACUUGGUCACAAACACUGGCCAAAGUUAGUGUUAAUAUUUAAUGCAAAAAACUAAUUUGAAAGUCAAUUUUGGUCAGUGUUUGUGACUAAAUGGCUACUAAAAAAAGACUGGACAUACCCCAUUUGCAAUACCUUGGGUUGUCUACUUUUGCAAAUGGUAUGCCAUUGUGGGGGUAAUUCUCAUUCCUGGGCUACCGUAUGGUCUCAAAGGCAACGUUACCAAUCUGGCGAAUUUCAAUGUGAAUAAACUGAAAAGCAAGCCUUAUAUUUGACUCUCUACCUUUUGAAAACACCAUAAAACAUGUACAUGAGGGGUAUUGUUAUACUCGGGAAACUUCGCUGAACACAAAUAUUAGUGUUUCAAAACCAUUGCCAUUUGCGUGUGAAAAAUGCAAAAAAUGACACUUUAACUGACAAUAUCGUCGUUGUAAUACAUGUUACUGUUUUGAAACACUAAUAUUUGUGUUCAGCGAAGUCUUCCAUAUAAAACAGUACCCCCCAUGUACAGAUUUUAUGGUGUCUUGGAAAGUUACAGGGUUAAAUAUAGUGCUAGCAAAUUAAAUUCCCUGGACUUUUGGCCUGGGUUGUCAGGCUGGUCCUGCUAAUUGUAAUUAAUAAAAUUACCUUAUUAUGUAAAAUUAUUACAUAAAUAUAUACAUUGAAUUAUUAUACGUGUGUGUGUGUAUGUGUGUAUAUAUAUAUAUAUAUAUGUGUAUAUAAUUUUUGAAAAUAAUUUUUAUUUAAAUAUAGGUGUGUGUAUGUAUAUAUGUGUGUAUAUAUAUAUAUAUAUAUAUAUAUAUAUAUAUAUAUAUAUAUAUAUAUAUAUACUUAUGUAUGUAGAUAUAUAUAUUUCGUUCUACAUAUAUUUUGAUAUAUAUAUAUAGAUAUAUAUUUUUUUUUUUUUAAAUACAAUUAGAACGCAUUUACACAUGUGUAUAUUUAUUUUUUAUUUAAUUUUUUAACGUAUUUACGGAUUUAUUUAUUUUAUAUUUUAUAUAUAUAUAUAUAUAUAUAUUUAAUCAAUAUCAUUGUACGUGUAUUUUGAUAUAUAUAUAUAUAUAUAUAUAUAUAUAUAUAUAUAUAUAUAUAUAUAUAUAUAUAUUAAAAUACACUUAGACAGUGUAUGUGUAUAUAUACUUAGAUCAUAUAUAUAUAUAUGAUCUAAGUAUAUAUUAUUUAUUUUUACACUGUUUUUAACUUUUAUUUAUUUUAGACAGCAGGGAGAGUACCUGUCAUUACAGGCACUCCCCCUGCUGGCAAUGCCUUGGAAGGCUAUGCCGUCCAUGUGAUCUCGAGGUCCUCGCAAUCACAUGGCCCAGAGGGGCCGAAUAUGAUGGAGGUGGGCUCCCAGGUGAGUCCCCAUACUGCGAUCGCCGGCGACCGGGUAAGUAGAAAGGACGGUUUGGGCGUUCUAUGCCGCCCUCUGGCAUUUAGACCUGGUUCCUUAAGGACGGCGUAGAACGCCCACCGUCCUUAAGGGGUUAAAGGGAAGACUACAAUUUAAGACAGCCUCUAGUGGCUUUGACAGCCACCAGGCGGCCACCAUACAGCAUUCGGGAGUUUACAGGACUCUGGGUCCGUUAAAUGAUGCUGGUCAUCCUCCGGUUCUGCAUGAGGACCACAAGCGUCAGUUAAAUCCCCAUAGGAAAGCACUGAGUCCAUAGUUUCCUAUAGGAGGGCCUAAUGUACCUGCUGCGCAUGUGCACUAGGUACCCCUCUUGGAGGAGGCGGAGCGCCGAGGGAGAUUGGUGCUGGAAUCGGGUGAGUAAAUAAAGGUGUUUUGAACCCUUUAUCUACUGGACGAGGGGAACCAGAGGGCACUAUAUUGUUAGGAAUACACUUUUGUAUUUCUAACACUAGAUAAGUCCUUUAAAUAUGUUACAAUAAGGUGCGUUGUGCAUUUAAGAUAAAUAUACUGUGUAUGUCACAAUUAACCCUUUUAAUAAGGUGCUUAAUAGAAAAGUGCAAAAUAGACCGUUAUUAUAAGGUGUUUAAUAGAAACAUGCAAAACAGACCCUUAUUAUAAGGUGCUUAAUAGAAUAAACAGUUUAAAAUUAGGCAUCCUCUGCUUCACGCGUUAUUUACUUUAUGUAAGCCCUUAUACAGUUUGCUACUUCUUGAGAAACUGGUUGAUGCUAUGGAAUGUUCUUAUGCAGUGGGGGUACUUUUACUGGUAUUGAGUUACUCUUAUGUUACUUUUAUGUAGUGAGUACUUUCUGAUGCUUCUUUAAGGCAGCAAUUGUUAAGCAUCUCUAAAUUGUCUAAAGGUUACAGAGGAAAUAGAAAUCACAUAGAAAAAACAAGUAAAUUGUGUGGCCAUAACAUAGGGGAAUUUCACAAGAUAAGUGGUAUUGUAACGUGUAAUGAAGAGGUGGGCAAAAAGUAGAUCAACUACCAUAAAGGACAAAACAAUAAAUGUGAUGGAUUCCCAUAAAUUACAAGUGUCUCACUUUGUGGUCUGAAUUGAUAUAUAUAUAUAUAUAUAUAUUAUUAUCAUCAUCUUUUUUUUAAUCUUUUAUCUAAAAUGAAUCCAAUACAAAUAUCUAAGUUACUCAUGAAACACGAGCUGGCAUUGGUACAACAAUGACUGUAGGGUUAAUGGGGUAUAAGGUUUAUAAUAGUGUGAUUGCAUUUCAGUGAAGGCAAUCCCUCCCAUGUAGAACAUCCAAAGGAAAAUUGCAAAUCAUAUCCACAGGCCUUGAUGUUUCAUUUUCUUUUAACAAUUUCUAGGUCUUUUAUGACUCUAAAAUAUUUUGGUCCAAAAGGGUCCAGGUUGGCGAUAAUUUUACCCUAGUGCUAGGAAUUGUGUUGUUAUAAUAACAUGGCAUUCUUAGAACAUAGUGUUUUCAUUCAGUUUAAAAGUCCAGACUUCACACCUGGGAUUAUAAAGAAAGUUUUGGCUUAUGGUUUGCUUUAAAAUGUAACUCAUAAUUUUAUUUAAAUUAACACACAGCCCCCAUGCUUUAUAGCCUAUUAAUUUAUUGGUCAGUGUAGAGAUUUAUUUAUUUAUUUUUUUUUUUUCUUCAAUCCCCUGAUUUUGCCUUCUGAUACAGGCCCCACUCACUGAGUCAAAUCAGUAAUUAAUAUAUAUAUAUAUAUAUAUAUAUAUAUAUAUAUAUAUAUAUUUAGUGCCUUUAAUGCCCCUUUUGUACUAUUAUAUAUAUAUACAUAUAUAUAAAAAAAAAAAAGAGAGUUAGGAAAGUAAACAACCUUAACCACUGGAUAUCUGCUACUGUAUCCAGAGGUGAUGGCGGAAAUGAAAGUCCAAAAAAGGAACUAAAGCAUAAAGAAUUUUAAAUUAUUUUUAGCAGAGCCUAGAACUAACUUUUAGUUAGCUUUUAGGAUGUGCAAAAAUGGAAGUGACAUUUCAUCCUUAAAGGAACACUUCAAGCACCAUGACCACUUAGUACCCUGACUUCUUACCUAGUGUCUGCCGAGAACCUUUCACCACCUCCUCUCUCUCAGCCUACAUUAGCUCUUUUAGGCUAAGCCGUGCAGUGCAGGGUAAUCUCAUUGGCUGAGAAUGUCAGCUGAUCCCUCCUCUCUCUUGAUAAGGUAUUUGAGACGGAGAGUGGUGCACAGCAAACCUUAGGUAAGAAGUCAAACUAUUCUAAAAUGGUUUGACUACUUACAAUUGGGGAAGCCUUGGCACUCAAGUAGUGGUUAUGGUACCUGGUGUGUUCCUAAGUUGUUUAAUACCAUUUUAACAAAUACUUUCUUCGCCAUCAUUCUUCUUUCUUUUUUUGUUUUAAAAUUGACCUAAAAUGUUUUUUAUUUUUUUUGCUUUUAUGUUAUGGUUUCAUAUUAACAAUGUACCAGUAUGACCUUGUGCGGUUUGUAAGUUGUUCUUUAGAAUUAAUUUAAAAUUGUUAGAUACUGCAUACUUUGGUUAGUGAGGUAAGUGUAACAUAUUUUCUCCAUUAACUCACUUAUUUGAAGUGGUCAUGGUGCCUGGAAUUUGUAUGUGCAGCAUGCUGCUUUAAAACAUAUGUAGUUUAACCCCUCUGUGGGUUCACCUCUGGCAGUGUGCUCGGGGUGUCACCAGUCUGCCUGGAAAUAGAGUUCCGGGGUGAGUAAUAUCAAUUCUGUCUGAGUGCAGCAUGCUGACUCUCUAGGCCUAUGAAUUGCAAAGUAAAUGGCUUCUGUAGAUCUUCAGAUGCUGUAAGUGCAUCACUGGAUCACCAGGGAGCCUCGGGGUCUGUCGAGAACCCAGGUAAUGGUGCAGAUCAUUGCAAAAAAAUGCUCUGCCCCAUUACAAGAGAACAGAGCCAGGGUAUUGUUAUCCUCAUCACUACAACAGGCUGUAGUGGUUAAAUUCUUGGAGUAACUCUUUAAUAUGUAGUUGUAGUAACCGAAUUGAUAGGUACCCAAAUCCUUUAAGUGAUUUUCUAGUGUAGUGUUAUUGACCAAAUCUCCAGUCUUCUGCAAGAAUUAAAGGGACACUAUAGUCACCAGAACAACUAUAGCUUAUUGUAUUUCUUCUGGUGAGUAUAAUCAGUCCCUUCAGGCUUUUUGCAAUGAACCGUUUUUUCAGAGAAAAGGCAGUGUUUACAUUACAGCUUAGGGAUACAUUUACUGGCCAAUUCUCAGAUGGCUACUAAAGGUGCUUCCUGGGGCAGUGCUGCACAGUGAUGAAGAAGCCAUGUAGCACCAAAACACGUGUUGGGCUUUGUGUUUAUCUGUUAAGUGUUUUGUUUUUGGGGAUAGUUGAUUAGAUGAUGUAGCUUGUAGUUGUGAGCUGACUGGCAUUUAGUAUUAGAUUGUAUUGGACUUACAAGCAGAGAAAAGUGAUAGGCAGCUGGUAAACUCCUGGAAGUGCCUCUAGUGGCUGUCUGGUAGACAGCCACAAUAGGUUGUCUUCGUUCUGCAAUGUAAAUAUUUCCGUUUCCCUGACUAAGGGGGGACAGGGACACCAAUGAGCUGCAGUGGUCUGGGUGCCUAGAGUGUCCCUUUAAAGGGACACUCUAGGCACCCAGACCACUUCAGCUCAAUUAAGUGGUCUGGGUGCAGUGUCCCUCAGGUUUUAACCCUUCAGAUGUAAACAUUGCAGUUUCAGAGAAACUGCUAUGUUUACAUUGCAGAGUUAAUCCAACUUCUAGUGGCGGUCUUCCUGACAGCCACUAGAGAUGCAGAGCGUCCAUAGGAAAGCAUUGAGUAAUGCUUUCCUAUUGACCACUUGAAUGCGCGCGCGGCACUUGCCGUGCAUGCACAUUCGGCUCCGCUGACGUCGGCGGGGGGAGGAGAGGUCACCAGCGCUGAGGGAGCCCGGUGGUGGAAUAAGGUAAGCUGCUGAAGGGGUUUUAACCCCUUCAGCGCCACAGGAGGUGGACCCUGAGGGUGGGGGGCACCCUCAGGGCACUAUAGUGUCAGGAAAACCGCUAUGUUUUCCUGACACUAUAGUGAUCCUUUAAGCUGCAAUCUAUCAGCUGUAGAUUGAGAGCUUUUUAUAAUACAUGAGCUUUGGGGACUUGUACUUUAAGAUAUUAGUUCAGUUAUAUAGAGGUCUAAUGUAUCAGUUUUUAAAGUUACAUAUUGAAUACUUUUUUGUUUUGAUACACUGUAUUCUAUUUAGCCCUCUUAAAGGAACACUUUAGUGUUAGGAAUACAAAUAUGUAUUCCUAAUGCUAUAGAGCCCUUGUCAUCUAAACAGUGACUAGGACUCCAUUCCCUGGCAAAUAAAUGGUUAAUUAACCAUUUAUUUGCUUACCUUAAUCCGCAUUGGUGACCUCCUCCUCCUCUAUCGAAGUCAGCUCCCGAGUGGAGCCGAAUGCACAUGCGCAUCCAGAGGCACGCAUGCACAUUCAAUCCCGACAAUAGGAAAUCAAUACUCAAUGCUUUGAUACUGGAGGUCUGUGAAAUCGCGGACGUGCCUCUAGUGGCUGUCAGUGAGACAGCCACUAGAGGCUGGAUGAAUCAUGCAAUGUAAACAUAACAGUUUCUCUGAAACUAUGUUUUCAGCUGCAGGAUUAAAACUAGGGGGACCUGGCACCCAUGCCACUUCAUUGUGCUGACGUAGUCUGGGUGCCUAUAGUGGUCCUUUAAAGGGAUUCUCCGGUGCCAGGAAAACAUAUCCGUUUUUUUUUUUUUUUGUUUUUUGCAGGGUCCUGCAGUGCCCCUCUCCCUCCCAACCCCCAUCCCAUGUUGCUGAAGAGGUUAAAACCCCUUCAGUGACUUACCUGAAUCCAGCGCCGAUGUCCCUUGGCACUGGGUCAGGCUCUGCCCACACUCCGCCGACGUCAGCAGGCGGGGGAGACCUAAUGCGCAUUAGACCUCCCCAUAGUAAAGCAUUAUUCUAUGCUUUCCUAUGGGGAUUCCGGCGACGCCGAAGGUACUCAUGCAUAGCGUGAGGACGUCCAGCGUAGUUUAAAACACUUUUCGUGUUCUAAGACUUAACCCUGCAAGGUAAUUAUUGCAUUUUAUAAAAACUGUAAUAAUUACACUUGCACGGUUAAGGGUGGUGGGAGUUGGCACCCAGACCACUCCAAUGGGCAGAAGUGUGCUGGGUGCCUGGAGUGUCCCUUCAAUUGUCGGAAGCAUUUCUGAGCAGUGUUUUCAAGGACUUGUUUGCAAUGUAGCUUACUUUUCAUUUGAAACACUGUAACUUUACUCAGUUACUCUAGUUGCUAUAAAGUCAUGAGCUUACAUCUUUUGGACAUUGUAUCUAGUUUAUCUACAUGACCUAUUAUUAUAAUAUAAAAACAUCUGUGUAAUUUUCAUCUUUCACCAGAUAAAAUAGUUCUGUAUUUAGAUAAUAGCUUUAGUCUCAUGUGAUUGUAACAAGGGUUCAUACCCUGUAUAGUGCUGGUCCUAUCCAACUGACUAGCCACUAGUCCAAGUAUAGGAUGUAACUGUGGUGAAUAUUUUAGUUAUUAUCUAAUUGCUGCUAUCAUUCUUAACAUAGAAAAACUUUCAUCUAAACUUUAUCCAAAAUUAGGUGCCCUGUACCGAAACAAAUCCUGCCUAAGCCCUACAGUAAAGGAAAAGAUUGUACAGCAAAUGCUGAUGCCAAUCAUUCAUUAUGGGGAUGUAGUAUAUGUACCUGCACCGCAAACCCAUAUUAAUAAGCUCAUUACAUUGUAUUACUUGUUUUGCCGAUUUGUGCUACAAUGUAAUUACAGGACCCACCAUUGUGACAUACUAAAAGAGAUAAACUGGCUGUUGUUGGAAUCCAGACGCACCCUUCAUCUUUCCAGCCAUGUGUAUAAGAGCUUUUCUGGGAAACUCCCACCCUACCUGAGCAAAAUGCUCUCCUCAACUGUUCCCACCUCUUAUAACCUCCGAUCCAGUACCAACACUUUAUUUAGUCUACCUCAAUACAAAAAGAAAGCAGCCCGAUCCUCCUCCUACAGAGCACUGCAAUUGUGGAACGACCUCCCGCACACUUUAAAAUCUUCCCCAAGCCUAAGGUCCUUUAAGAGAUCCCUCUCUACAUACCUCAAAACAGAAUGCACCUGUCAUGGUUGAUUAUAUAUUUCCAACCUGUUCUAUGUGAAAUUUUGUAUAUAUUGUGUAUUAAUAUUGUUUUUGUAUUUUAUUGUACCCUAAUGUAUCAAUGCAAUGGUUUGUGGACCCAGGACAUACUUGAAAACGAGAGAAAUCUCAAUGUAUCUUUCCUGGUAAUAUAUUUUAUAAAUUAAUAAAUAAAUAAUAACUGCAACUGAAUAUCCUGCAAUGCCAUGACUGAUCUAAAUCAACAUAAAAUUAUAUAUCAAGGAUGCAUAGCUCCAUAGUGCCAUCACGGAGGCUACGGAGUACCUGUGUUGGCAUUGGUGUCUUAGGUUUGCCAUAAGUAGUAUAGAGUGUUUUGCGUGUUCUCCACAUGUGUUGUAGUUACAUAAGUUUAUAGGUUGUUUUUUGUCGUCUUCUCUCCCUAGUCAGGUCAGUUCAGUGAAGAUAUGAUACCGACUGUAGGAUUCAACAUGCGGAAAGUUACCAAGGGCAACGUGACUAUAAAGGUGAGUGCAAUCUGAGCAACUCUGGGUUCUCCAAUUCCGAUUCUCUGAUGCUUCUGUAUAGGAUGAAGCUAUGUAUGUUACUGCUAUUAUUUGUGCUGUAAAUAUUGAUAGCUGAUAACUAAACUGUAAUGUUCUAGUUUCUCAUCUAUAUAUACUUUGUAUAUCUUGUUGCUGUUACUGAAUUCUACAAGUCAGUUUUUUGCUUCUUGAUGCCAUGUUUAGGAUUUGUUUUUUGUUUUGUUUUCUGGAUUUACAGAUCUUGUCCUGCUCAUUUGCCAAUCUCACAGUAGCAUGCAUGGCCUUUUGUAUGUUUAUGUAGUUUAGACCUGCUUGAAUUUCCAUAUUCUUUCAAAGCAAAAUGACUCUUGUGUUCUGUUUCACUCUACAGCACUGACAGCUCUGCAUGACUCUAUGCUUUCCUGUAAAGCACAAUAUGACUCUGUGACUUUCUGCGUGCUUUGCUCAGCACAAAAUGACUCUCUGUGACUCGGUCAAUUCCCAUUUUAGAGAAUAAGCUAUUAAUGAUUUUUAUAUAUUUGUACAAUAUGGUUUCUCUAUCCCCACGUAGUAAGAAGCUGUACAGCUGGGAGCUGUUUAAAUGAAAUGUGGUAUGUGUAACUGAGUUUGUUUCCGCUUGUUUCCACAGAUAUGGGAUAUUGGAGGCCAACCACGUUUCCGCAGCAUGUGGGAACGUUAUUGUCGGGGUGUCAAUGCAAUAGUGUAAGUGAAUGUCAGUUCAGUGUAUGUAGAGAAGUAGUGAAAUAGAAACAUGGGAACUUGGAUGCAUUAAAUAUUGAGCUAAUUUUUUUUGGUUGACUAGAAUUUAGUCAUCUUGUUUACAUUUUUUUGAUGGAUAAUGUGGCUGAUUUGUUAAUUAAGGUUUUUGGUCUUGCUUAGGUAAUUGGAAAGAGUAUGUUUAGAAAGCAGCAUGCAAAGCCUUCCCUCUGCUCAUAUAUUAAGUAUCACAUUUGUGUGGGAAUGGGUGGUAAUGUACUGCUGCUUUGGGAUUUGGAGGCAUUGUUCUGCUGCAUGUGGUAUGUUAGGUAGUGUUCUGCUGCAUGUGGUAUGUUAGGUAGUGUUCUGCUGCAUGUGGUAUAGUGGCUGCAUGUGGUAUGGGAGGUAGUGUUCUGCUGCAUGUGGUAUGGGAGGUAGUGUUCUGCUGCAUGUGGUAUGGGAGGUAGAGUUCUGCUGCAUGUGGUAUGUUAGGUAGUGUUCUGCUGCAUGUGGUAUGGGAGGUAGAGUUCUGCUGCAUGUGGUAUGGGAGGUAGAGUUCUGCUGCAUGUGGUAUGGGAGGUAGAGUUCUGCUGCAUGUGGUAUGGGAGGGAUGCGUUCUGCUGCAUGUGGUAUGGGAGGUAGCUGCUGCAUGUGGUAUGGGAGGUAGAGUUCUGCUGCAUGUGGUAUGGGAGGUAGAGUUCUGCUGCAUGUGGUAUGGGAGGUAGAGUUCUGCUGCAUGUGGUAUGGGAGGGAGCGUUCUGCUGCAUGUGGUAUGGGAUUGGGACGUUCUGCUGCAUGUGUUCUGCUGCAUUGGGCAUUGGGAUUGGGACGUAGUGUUCUGCUUCUGUUGCUGCAUUAGGAUAGCGUUCUGUUGCUUUAGGAUUGGGAGAGAAGCGUUCUGCUGCUUUAGGAUUGGGAGAGGUAGCAUUCUGUUGCAUUGAGGGGAGAUGUACAAAUGAUGGUGCUAAUUCCAAAGUUCAUAAAACUACAGUACUUCCACAGGCAAGUGCUUAAUCGGGCAGAUCCCUCCCAAGCUAGGAAUAGGUUCUGCCAGGUGUAUCAAGCUGGAACAUUUACACCCCUAAAGCAUAUUAGCUUGUUGAAGUACUUUAUGUGUCCUCUAGCAUGUAAGCUCAUCGAGCAGGGCCCUCAACCCCCUCUGUUCCUGUACGUCAGUGGUCUGAUUUCAAUUAUGUGUUUGUUAGUCCACCCAUUGUACAGCGCUACGGAAUUUGUUGGCGCUAUAUAAAUAAUAAAAUAAUAAUAAUAAUGUGCCAUUUUUUUCAUUUUACAAAAAAUGCAGAUUUCAAUAGAAAUGUAAUCUUUUGUAAAUUAACCAUAUCACACCCCCUUGCUGCCAAUCAGACAACUGGCCCUGUUACUUCUUGGUUGUAUAGUUCAGUGGAGGUAAACUGAGGAGGGUCAGAGCAGCUGCCUUGCAAAGACUUCUCAUUGGGCUGCACUAGGAGGUCUAUGAUUGGACAGCCACAGAAAGUCUGGGCGGGAUUAGAAAAGCAAGGCUUUAAACUGAUUCAAAGAAAAGAUCUUCAUCUUUUACAAGCUGUUUUUAAAUAUACUCCAAUGAAAAAAAUACAUCAAUAAAUAGACAUCUUGGCUAUCUUAGGUAUAUCAAACUAAGAACUCUGACAUGUUUUCCUUGACAGGUACAUGGUUGAUGCUGCAGACAGAGAGAAGAUUGAAGCAUCUAGUAAUGAACUACACAACCUUCUGGAAAAACCACAAUUACAGGGUAUUCCGGUAUGUGAUUAGAUUCUCCCCCCCCCUUCCCCCCCCUCCCACACACACCUGCAUUAUUCCCUGACCACUCCUCAAUCUAUUUGUUAAAGCGGUUUUGUCAGUUUUGAAGUCAUUGCAUAUUUUGCCACAGCUGUUGGAAGUGAUGGCUGCUGUGAAGUUAUAGAGGUUGGUGGCAGAAUCUCUGCCAUUUAUUAUCUUUUUUUUUUUUUUAAUUCUUUAUUUACUUGUGGGCUUCACCACAGGAUUUAAUAAUGAUGCACAAUAUAGAAAAAUAUGGCAGUUAAAUAAAAAAUAAAAGCGUAACACACAAGUUAUGCACGUAUGGUAUAUAGAAAGGCACUCUGAAUAUGCAUGUGAAACAAACAAUGAAAUAAGAAUAAAGCAACAUUUGCAGUGUCUGAUCAUCUUGUCAGGCUUUGAGCAUUUAAUGGAAUGUAGUGAGUGCCAGAAGGGCUGGUGUAAGGACCUGCCGUCCGGGAGUGUGUGUCUUUUGCCGUUCGGCAUCUAGGUUCCUGCUCCGCUCUGGGGAUAGUGACCUUCUGAGCUGCUACUUCCCCUCGCUUUCUGGAUGGGAAUGGCAGCAACUGGAGCCUUUGCAAGAAUUCUGCUGGGUCUUUCGAGGCCGAAAGGGUAUGGACCUCAUCUUCCCCCCCCUCCCCCCCCCGUUGUACCACCAGGGUUCUGACAUCCCCCAUCCGUACUUGAUUUUCCGUUCCGCACAAGGCCCCAAUCAUGGACAUAAACGUGCGUCUACACAAAAAUAAGUCCUGCGCUCAAACUCACACUACUUUUGGGCGGCAGCAAUGAUCAUAGUACACAUCAGCCCCGAUACAUACACAAAAAAACUAAGAAAAACAUUCUUGUCCCACACUUUCUCAGGGCCUUCAAUGGAUUGUCUUCAACUACUGACAUCCCACCAUCAUUGUUGAGAGCUGUAAUUGCUGUGAUAUAUAAAGAUGGAAAAGAUUCAGAAUUAUGCAGCAGUUAUAGACCGAUUUCUUUUAUUAAUCUUGAUUUAAAAAUAUUAGCAAAACUUCUAGCAAAUAGACUCAAGCCCCUUAUGCCUGCACUGAUCCACCCUGAUCAAGUUGGCUUUGUGUCUGGCUGUGAAGCCAGAGAUAAUACUACCAAAAUCUUGAAUGUAUUACAUGGAGCUAUAAUAAAAAAAAGCCAGUUUUGUUAACAAUUGAUGCUGAAAAGGCCUUUGACAGGGUGGAUCAGUCCUAUCUGUUUGCAAUGUUGGAGGCAUGGGGGCUUGGUCCGAGAUUUUGUAAUUGGAUACAGAUAUUGUAUAAAGGCCCUUCAGCCAUGGUGCGGAUUAAUGGUCUACUUUCGAACCCCUUUAUUAUUAAUAAUGGCACUCGUCAGGUAUGUCUGCUGUCCCCUCUUCUUUUUUGUCUUAGCAUUUUAACCUUUUUUAGAAGCUAUACGUAGAAAUACCAAUAUUAAAGGAUAUAAGUAUACGGGAGGAGAGAUUAAAGUAACCGCUUUCGCGGAUGAUGUCCUAUUCACGCUUAUAGAACCUCAAUAUAAACUUCCUUCUGUUCAGGAAGAAUUAGAGAAAUUCGGUACUCUAUCUAAUUUUAAGGUAAAUACAGACAAAUCUCAAAUAUUGGGAGGAGUGAUAAGCAUAGGAAUUAAGGAGAAAAUACAGAAGCUUUAUAGGUAUAAGUGGACAGACUCUAGCAUAAUAUACUUAGGAAUACAUCUGAUGGCUCAUUUAAAAGAUUUAUUUAAACUAAACCAUGGAAAAUUAUUAAGAAAAAUUGAAGAUUUAAAAAAAAUUGGAACCAACCCUUCUACUCAUUAAUAGGGAGAGUUAACAUCAUAAAUAUGAUGAUACUUCCUAAGGUAUUAUACUUAUUCCAGACAUUGCCUCUCUCGCUGCCGAAAGUCUUUUUUGCGAAAGUACGAUCGCUUUCAUUUAUUGCUUUCAUUUAUAUGGAAUAAUAAACAUCCACGUAUCGCGUACAAUACAUUGACUUUACCAGUUUAUAAAUAUGUGGGAGGCCAAGGCCUUCUUUCUCAAUACUAUGUUGCGGUACUAUGUGCGCGAAUUAGAGAAUGGACAGCUAUAGACAAAAAAAAAGCCUUGGUAUGAAUUAGAACAAGAUGUUAUAAAGGUUAAAUUGGAGACCAUACCAUGGCAGAAUUGUAAAUUAAAUUUAUUAUCACCUUCUAAUCACCCAAUUAUAAACCAUAUAAUAUAGAUUUGGAGAAGGCUUAAAGAUAGAUGGAGGCUAUCCCCGGGACUUUCAGUAUUUUUUCCAGUUGCAUCAAACUUGGAGUUCCACCAUGGGAUGAGCCACAAAAUACUGGGAACGGGAGAAGUAGACCCGCCAGUAACAAGUUUAAUAAUAGACGAUACACCCAAUAGAUUAAGAGAGUUUCCUAGCUGUGACAAUACGACAACACUUCUAGAUAAAAUGGGUAUGGUUUAUUUAAAGUUGUUUUUUUUUUUUAAAGCAAAAAGUGUUACCAUACGGGCAGACGAGAUAAAACUGAGUUUGAUUUACUCUGUGGUACCGGGAUAGAUAAAAAACGAUAUCUGUCUAGUAUUUAUAACCUAAUUCAGAGGGGUUCCAUGGAUAAGAUAGUACCCUCAUUUCAGUCGAAAUGGAUGUUAGGAUUGAACUGAUUGGCACUGACUGGUCAUUUGUGUUCAAAAUGGGAAUGAAAGCCCAGGUAAGCACUGCUAGGAAAAUGACUUUCUUUAAAAGAAUUAUUAGAUGGUAUAAUACCCAAGACCGACUUAAGAAAUAUGGUGUAACUGCAUUGGAUGAAUGCUGGAGAUGUGGGGAGAAGGGAGCAAACAUGAAAUACAUCUGGUGGGAGUGUAAACUUAUUAGGAACUACUGGAUUCAAGUAUUGAGUGUCAUAUAUAAGAUUUUACCAAUGCCAGAUCAAUUAUCCCCAUCUAAGAUCUUACUGGGCUGGCCAGCUUCUUUCAAUGAGAACAAUAAACAGAUGUUAAGUUUUCUAUUGAAUGAGGCAAAUGCUUUGAUCCCGUUGUAUUGGCUUAAACCUAGCAUCCGACUGUAAAACAAUGGAUUAUUAGAGUGGAAUCAUUAAGGGAACUAGAAGAGACUCAUUGGUUGACCCAGGGAAAAGAAAUGGGACCCUUGGAUAAAAUUCUGGGCAGGAUUAUCAUAAUAAGACUAUUUUACGAUAAACUGACGAUGAGCAAAUAAAAUACUAAUGUAAAAUAGAACAUUAAUGAUAGAAAUAGAGGCAGAGCUAUAUUCUUCUUUUUUUUAUUUAUUUUUUUAUUUCUCUCUUUUCUUUCUCUUUCUCUCUUCUCCUUUUUUUUAAAUUUUUUUUUCUGCUGAGAUGCAUAUGAUGAUGUGGGACCUUGAUAAUGCUAUUUGGCUAUGGCGUAAAGUAGUCCCAGUAUCUGAAUAUCUGAUGAAGAGAAAAAAAAAAGUUACUUGCGCACUAUUCUAAAUCCCUAUGCAUAUUUAUAUAAAUGGAGGUUUUUAGUUCCACUCCAAUGGCCAUUAGAUGCAAGCCCACCUGCCAAGUCAAGGCAAACCUCUUAGGUGGGUGCUACACUAACAAUUCACCUUGCUUGCUUCAGCUUAAAGCAAAAGAAAAUCUCUAAUAAGACAGAAAGCUGUAUUUUUAUUUAUUUUUUAAAUCCUACAUACUUAUUAACCCUUAACACGUGAUGGGCGGCAACUGUGUUUUGUGCCCUUCGGGAACUGGGUUCCUGCUCCGCUCUGGGGAUAGUGGCCUUCUGGGCCGCUACUUCCCCUCGCUUUCCGGAUGGGACCAGUGGCAACUGAAAGUUUUAAAAGAAUUCUGCUGGGUCUUCUGAGGCCGAAAGGGCAUAGACCUCGUCCCCCCGUUGUAUCACCAGAGUUCUGACAUCCCCCAUUUGUACUUAUUGCUCAGUUUCCUCAAGGCCCUAGUCACGGGAUUAAACUUGUAUGUCCAUAAAGGAUUGAGAAGGGUAGGUCAUUGAAGAUUGUGAUUCUACAGUUGUUCACAGUAACUGUGGGGAGCCACCUGAGGGAGCCAUUAUGGAUGUUUUCAUGACAAUGUCCCUAGUAAUUGCUAUUCUGUCUCUCAAUGCGUCUGUGGUGGAGGUUGGCGCCUUUCUUAUACCGAAGGCCGAAACUAUGACUGCUCGCUGUCCCUUUGCACUUCCAUCGCCUGUAUAACUUUAAGGACGUAUUCCAUCUGGACCUACCUACUCUGGAGCUCCACAGAUUCUAAUAUUUCCGGCGGUGCCGCGCUUCUAGUGAAGCCACUGUAUGGGAAAGGCAUUGAACUUAGGGAUUCCACUUCCUAGAGUCAACAUCCCCAAGCCUCUGCCGCAGCCCGCCAACCUCCGCUUGCACUCUGGCAAGUUCUGCUUUCCGGACCUCUCUCAGAUCCAGUAUGAGCUUGUUAAUGUCUCCUUUUGUGGAGGGAAAACAUCCAAUUCGAAGUGAGUCUUCUGGUAUGCUCCGCUAGCUGCUUGCGGUGUCCAGUUCUCCUCUCCAUCUUGGGAAGAGUCAUAGUCGCUAGAGGUAUGUGGCCUCUCAGGCGCCAUGUUGAUUCAGGCCUGCGUCUGUAGUCUUUCAAAGAACAGUCAAUUGCCAGGAAGAUUUGUACCCUCUGAACGGGGUCCUUUUGCUCCAUCUCUCUGUGGUUGGUUAUAAGGCCUUUGCUGCUCCUUACAUUUUCAGUAAAUUCAUGGCUAAAAGAUAUUUUAUGAGCUUAUGAAGCCAGAGCUCCACUCAUGCAUGACUCCUCAGUAGGCCGGCCAGCCAGCCACGCCUCCCCUCCCCUCCCCUCCCCUCCCAUUUAUUAACUUUUGUCAUCUGCAGCUUUGCCCAAACUCAGGGAUGAAAGCAACCCUGUACUCUCUAGAAAAACGUCAUCUAAAUAAAGUUUUUAUGGUAGCUUCGGUAACCCCACACCCCCAUGUCCUAGCUUCAAAAUUGCAAUAUUCUAAUAGUUAGAAUUCUUGGAAGCAUGGUUUCCAACCACACCUUCAAGCCCAUUGGCUAAGGGACUGUUACUUCCUGGCUCUCAUACCCAGGCAUAUUGUGAUAACACGUGCAAUGCUGUCAUAGAUUGAUAUUGAGAAGGGGAGGGGGUGCUGAAACUAACAAUGGACAUUAAGACUAUAAAGUUAGGAAUGCAAAUUUGUGUUCCCACCACUGUAGUGUCCCUUUAAAGCCCAAGCUUACAGUGAUUUGAAAGUGCUCCGUGGGUUUUGCAGAAAAUGCAAAUAAUCCCCUAUAUCUGGUCUGUUUCAAUACUAGUAGUGUGUUGUGAUAGUCACCUUCCAGCUCCGGUGCUCUCAUUUUACUUUACUUAGCUUGAGGAGGCUGUAUAUUACACAGCUUGUUGUGGGUGAUAUUUACUGCCCCUUUAACUUUUCCUCUUCAUUGAGCUUGCAGACCAGGUUUGGGUAGCCAACAGUGUAUUCAUCUAAACUUCAGAAUUCCAUCAAGGAGGAUGCAGCUUUUUUAGGGUUGGGGAUGCAUUAAUACCCAUGUUUUAAAAUAUGUGUCUUUAGUUCAAGAUGCCUUUUCCAGGAGAAGUCCUCCUUUAACCAUAAGUGUGCUCAUCACAUUGCACAUCAAGAAAAUAAACGCUUCUCUGGUACUCCGAGAACUAAAUGUUUGCAACCUGAACUGCCAGGGUAUUGUUUAACGUUUUCUUUUAACCUCUGCAAUGUAUUUCAUGUUUUUUUGUUUUUUUUUUCCCUCAGGUCUUGGUUCUUGGUAACAAGCGAGAUCUUUCCAGUGCACUGGAUGAGAAGCAGCUCAUUGAAAAAAUGUACGUGGCAGUAAAAAAAGGGGUGGGGUGGGAUGGUCUGACAUGGAAAUGGUUAAUUUAGCAAGAAGUGCUAUGCCAUUUUGCAGCCAUGCAGGAAAUUCCUGGAAUUGUACAGUUCUCAUUCUUCCUCAUUGUAGGGUCAAGGGCUUAUUUAUUCUUUCUUGCUUAAUCUUAUUGAUAAGAAAGUACAAAUUCUAAGUAUGUAAACUGUUGGGAAAUGUGAAAGUCCACUGCUGCUCAGCUUUAGAAAUAACCUGUGUUCCAUGUCGUGGCACUGAUCUUCUCUUACAAAGCGUGAUCAUGCAGUGACAGACAGGCUGCUUACUUGUAAAGUGGAAAAUAGAAUAAAUGGUGUAUAAAGUCCUAAUACUAAUACAUUGUGGUGAAAAAAAAAAGUGUAUAUAUAGUGUCGGAAUCUUCAACAUGCUUCUCUUUUUAGCAAUACAUUAAGAAAGAAAAACAAACAACAAAUUGUGUAUAAUGUCAUGUCAGUAAAUAUAAAACUAAGGAAAUUUAAUGAAUGCCUUACACACAAAAGCAUUCCACAGAGUAUAUUAAAGUAACACUAUAUUCAAAAUACUUUAUUGUAAGGAUACUCACUAAACUGAGAAUUGUCAAUUGUUUACUGUGUCCUAAAUCCACCCUCGGUGCUUGCAGAUUGUCAUUGCCGUUUAGAGUACAAUGAAUCAUGCUAAAUUGGGUCCUGUUUUUUUUUUUUUUUUUUUGCAGUCAAACCACUUAUAAACCGUUUAACAGCAAAUUGUGGGUUGGGGAAAAACUCAGAUUCCAUUACUACUAUAAUGGGCUAGGGUGCUUAGAAUGCUCUUUAAACACUUAAAACUUUAACCUCAGAGGUUUUUACAUCUUGUGCCAAGGGAGAAAUAUCUGUGCCUCUAGUAGUAUAUGUAGUCUGGCAGUACCAGCAGGUCGGUUUGAGCCAAGGAAAUACACCGCUCUUCCCACAGCUCUUCGAUCAUUGAUGGCUUAUGUUGGCAUUGCACAUGGUUUGCAGCCUACAGUUCCCAAUAUACUAAACUCAGUACUAUGAGAUAAUGGAUAACUGACAUUUUGGGCCAAUAUAUUAAAGCAGUAAAAUAUUACAGAAUUUGAGAAAUAUUCUAUUUGCGAUUUCUCUUGUCCAGUUCCCUUGCCACUCCUCCACAAAUAUACUAUUUCUAAGUAAUACCCUGCUUUUUUGGCGGAAGAUUUUGUUCUUAUGCACUUUGAAGAAAUGGUUUUCACCAGAGGUGUCCACCAGGUGGCACUACAGCUUUUGUUUACCAACUGCUUCCAAGAGCCUUGCCUACACCUUUUGGGCAGGAGAGCCAUCAGUUACUUCUUCUUUACAUAAUGUUUCUAAUGAUUUUGGAUUGUGCGAUGUUUACAGUACUAAUGCAACACAUAUUGAGCUUUCCUUUUUUUGUAAGCUUGGUACCUUUUGUUGUUUCAUUUUAUUUCUCUUUUACAUAUAUGCUGUGUUAAUAUUUUUAAAACGUUCUCUCCCUGCCCAGGAGCCUUUCACUGAUCCAGGACAGGGAAAUUUGCUGCUACUCCAUCUCCUGUAAAGAGAAGGAUAACAUAGGUGAGAAGCUGAGCGUUGUGUGUGUGGAAGACUGUGCUGUAGUGUGGGGUCCUUAUUUUAAUAACCUUUCUCCUUAGAUAUCACUCUUCAGUGGCUAAUCCAGCAUUCCAAGUCACGCCGCAGCUAAAGGUUCCUGCAAUAUUUUCUGCCGCUCUGCACUCUAGGAGAAGACCACCUGCUCUGCACCCACAGACUUGCCUUUCCAGCUCGUAAUGUGCACCCUGCAGUUUUCCUAUUCUGUUCACCAAGGAUUUAUUUGAUUCCCAACAAGAGGACGAGACCUCUUCAUUGUGGGAUGUGCCUUGUCCAUGCUCCUCUAAAUUUAGUGGCUAUUUACCAUGUUGCUUAACCAAUGCUGAUUUGAGAAUGCCUCUGGUAAGCUGUCCAUUUUGAGUUUGUGACCAACCCUCUAAGCUGCCCACUUCAAGUUGUAACCAUUUGAUCUAAUCUGCCAUUCUGGUUGUGUAACCGACCUGUCCACCCUAGAUAUUGACUAUUUUGUCAAAGCUGUCCAUACUGGGAGAGUGACUGUCACUUGUAAGCUGUCCUACUAGGUGUGUAGUUGAGCCUCCAAGAUUUAUCAACUCUUGGAGGGGACUUUAUAUCAGCUGUUCCCUGUAAUAUAUCAUCCUUGGAAUUGGCCGUCCUAUCCUUCAUGAUGUCCUUCCUUGUGAGUUGGCUCAUCUCCUCCAUCUUCUUACUGUCCCAUCCUUUACCAGCUGUCCAGCCUGUAAACUGCUAGUUAAUUGUCUCCUUGCACUUUAUAUGUACCUUAAGUCCUGCUCCUCUUCUUCUUUUUGACCUUGAUGAUAGAAAAUGUUGGGAGAGUGAAGUGUCAGCUGUAUUUAGAACAGGAGAUAAACCUUACACCAUCAGGGAAAAUAAUAAAUUGAAUAGGAUAUUGGUAAUAUGAAUUACUGACCACUAAUUAAAGCAUAGAAAGGGUCAGUUGUUUAGCAUCAAGGUAUCUUCAUAUUCCUUUCAGGCAGCAUCCUGAUAGAUUGUUUCCAAGAUAAGCAAUAUAAAUGUAAUAUUAACAAAUGAUGAUAUAUCUAAUAUAUAUAUAUAUAUUUAUAAUUUUGAUGGGAGUGAUAAAUCACUUGCAUGUAAAAUAUUUAGAUGUAGCUAUUCAUAACUAUUUUUUUUUUUCUGGGACUAGUAAACAAAAAACAAUUGGUCAGUUGCCUAUUAAAACGGCAGACACCAGAUAUUGCUACAGCUUUAUACCUAAGACGUAACUAUGGAUGAACUGUAGCAUUUUUACAUAUUGGAAAGGAUUGACUUUUCUUAUAUUAAGAAAUACUAUUGAUCCAUACGAUCCAGCUGCCUGCAAACUGUGUCUGCAAACUUCAAACCUCGCUAUCUGAUGGUGUGACCUUUUGAAAUGCUAUACAUAAAAUGCAUAAUCGCUAUAAAAUGGAAGGUUUGAAUGUCAUGCUGGUAAAGUGGUAGGUUAAAAAUAGAGUGCUUAUAUGAAAUAUCAAAGGAAUUGAAAUCUGGGUACAUGGGAUGUGUCCCGUCUAUUGUAAAGUUAGUCACUGGUCAAAACUGUUGGACAUAAUUGGACUGAACUGUAGUAUUUGAAAUUAUGACCCCCCCCUUCACAUAAAAAAGUAUGUUUUAUUGUUCAAAUCAGAAAUACCAAGAAAUACCAAUUAUAUAAAAAUAUUUAUUUAUCCAAAAAUGAUACAUUUGGCUUUCGUAAGUUUUAAAAUAUGACCUGGGGCCUUUUUGUUCUAAUAUAAUAACAUACUAUUAACUCAAUAAUACUCAUGUUUUGCUGAUUUAAUUUAUAGAAUGCUAAUGCCCUUUUAUGAAAGUAAUGUCUUUUUGAGCUUGAUAUAUAAAUCUGCGAUGACAGCACAGGAAAUAGUCCCUGGCUGUGGUUUUUUUUUUUUGUGUUUUAAGAUUAAGGAAUUAUGUAAAGUAAUUUUGGAAAUAAUGGUAUAGUGGCAUUAAGAAGAGCUGUUGGCACAUUACUAUAUCAAUCUUCAGAAGUAGGCUGUUAUAUUCUGACUGUUUAAAGACUUGUUUAAAAUCAUGGCAUAUUCUAAUUUAUCAGGAAAUAUGUAUAAUCUAUAAGUGGGGGGGUUCAUGGGAACCUGGAAAUAAGGAUUUAAUCAAGUUUUUAAUGGAGAUAUGCCCAAACAAAGGGGGGUGGGGGUGAAAUACCAAGGGGCAACUAUUUUUUUUUUGUAGUGCAGGACAAUUUUUGAAGGCAUACAAGUAAAACUCCAGACAUCAAAAUGCCAACCAUGCAUCUAAUAGCAUCAUCAAACAAUUCCUAUUUUUGUUUUGUAUAACUGGUGUAUGUUUUUUUGCAAAAAAAAGCAUCUGCCCCCUCCCCAUUUUAAUUUACUUAGACCUUCUUAUCUAUGACUUGCUGAUUGAGUUCUAUAUAUAUAUUUUUUUAUCUCUCCAUCAUUAUGGUGGUUUUAUCCCAUCCCUACUGGUUGUGCCAGUUACCAUGGCUAGAUUGGAGGUUUCUUUAAAGAAUACCCUCAUAUUCUUUCCUGUGGGAAUUGUCGUCAUUCUUCAUUAAAAACAGUGGAUGUAUGUUUUCUAAUCAUCACAAAAAGAAUGAAUAAUUUUUUACUUAUAACAUUCGAAGUUGGACCCAUGUUCCAUGGACAGUCAUCCAGAAAUAAGAAUCUUUUUCAGUUGCCAACCACCCACAAGAGAUGCACCAUGUUCCGGAAAUCCUGAUUUGGUCAUUUUCUAUUCUUACACCUCAAGUCCUGGAAUUCACUCAGCAGAGUGUGCAAACCAUCACAUCCAUUAAUGGCUGGAAGACAGUCGAUAAAGCAGAAUGAACAUUAAUGUCUUGGCCAAAAUGUUUUGAGUGUGGAACUCUUGUGUGUAGUGACCAUUCAAUUUUACCACAUUUCUGUAAAAAAUUUAAAAAAAAAAUCCAAUUCUAAAUAUCACCUAUAUCGCAUAUGCUUGCCAGAAAUAUUGCUGUUACACAUUUUUGGUGAGAGGUGAUAUUUUAUUUUUUUUGCAGUCUACAUAUCCAUGUUGGCACAAUGUGAAAGUCAUAUGUCACGGCAGGUACAAUAUAGCCAGCUCUGGACAAUCUUUGAAUGUGUAUAUCUGAAUAUGUCGGAAGAUCCAGUGAAUUUUAAAAAAAUCUUUUAAUUCCAUCACUGUAAAAGUCAAUCCACCUCAGUCUCAUCUCAAGGUGACCUUUCCUCUUCUUUGAGAUGCCUUUGAUUUUUCAAAAUAGUUUUUUGACAUCUGCCAGUUGUGCUUUAUGGAUAAAAAUGUACUACUGAUUUUACUGUGUGCAGAGCAGGACAUAAAAUUUUUUUUUACCGGUACUUGCCCAUCAUAAUGCUGAGCAAUCACACUUUAGAAGAAAGCAAACAAAAUUAAUGGUUUGCACUCUUCUCUCCAAACAUGGAACCCAUAUGUUGCAGCAUUGGAGCUCUGUCUUCCAUUUCUUCCCCUACUGUAAGCUCAUCACAUAUGCUUGGUAGUUCUCCUUCCCUCUACCUUUGCAAGAUGUGUUUGUGACACUUGCUUUUGCUGCAAUUCUCUGUCAGACUCUCUGCUUUAGCCAAUGAUACACUGCUGCUAUAUUUAUAUUUUUUUAAAUUUGUUGCUGCGCUUUACUUGUGCCUAUAACAUAAUCUGAUGAGAAUCAAAGGAGUUUCCUGAUGGAAGAGGAAACUUUCUUGUGUUCCCCAUCAUACUGAAAACCACAACCAUUUUACGGGCUUGUUCAUUAACCCCUUAAGGACACAUGACAUGUGUGACAUGUCAUGAUUCCCUUUUAUUCCAGAAGCUUGGUCCUUAAGGGGUUAAAGGAUCACUAUAGGGUCAGGAACACAAACCUGUAUUCCUGACCUUAUAGUGCUAAAAUCACCAUGUAGGUGGCUUGCCCCCCUUAGCCUGCCUAUAAAAGUUUAAAACUUGCCUUGUUUCCAGCGCCGUGUGGCUCUGCUGGUGCUGGCUCUGCCCCCUUUGUGACAUCAAAAUGGCCGAUUUUCAGCCAAUUCAAUGCUUUCCCACUGGGUAAGCAUUGGAUUGGCUAAAAUUGGCAUGGGGGCAGGGCUACGAGGAAAAUUUGUGGGAACGCUGAACGGCAGGGCUGCUUACUGUGCAGCAAUGAGCCAGGAAGCACCUCCAGUGGCCUGAGGAGUGGCCACUUGGAGGUGUCCCUAGGGGCAAUGUAAACAGUCUUUUCUCUGAAAAGGCAGUGUUUGCAUUAAAAUGCCUGAAGGGAGCUAUUAUACUCACCAGAACAACUCCAUUAAGCUGUAGUUGUUCUGGUGACUAUAGUAUCCCUUUAAGCCUUUGUAAUAAAUAAUUGUUUUGUUUCUCGAGAGGCAUUAUAUGUCGGAGAUGCCCUGCUCUAAUGUCAAUAAUUAACAAGUGGCCUCUCACCUAUUUAAAGCUUUCAUUUUGAGAAAAUGCAUCUGGUAUCAACUAAUGCAAAGAUUGCAGAAAAAUGGAUCCCAAGAUUUGCAAUUCCCAUGAGUCUUUGUCAGUCUUCAGGCUGUCAGAGCAUCGAGGGAGUAAUAGUUUUACAAAAGUUGUCCACCCUGGAUCUAAUGUUUCGCAAUAAUUUAAAAAAACAAAAACAAACCUAAAAUCUUGCAUCUUCUAAAGUUAAUAAAAAAAUGUUCUGUACAUAUCACAAAGUGCAAAUACCAUUAGUUAGUGAUGCGUGAAGAAGUUUAGUACGCAUGUUAAAAUAUUAUAUAAUGUAAACUUUUCCCUCCUGAUUAGUAACUUUUUCACUUGACAAGUGCAAAUCAUUGAUUAUUUUUCUAGGCCUGAGUGUAUGUUUAUAUAGGUUGGUUCUCACUUGUAUUCUUAGAUAUAUGUAAUUAAACAGGCCAUUAGAGCCAACUUUAUUUUAUUCUCCGCAAAACCAGGGUAAGACGUACAAUAAAAAAAAAAGCAUUGUAGGAGCAAUGGCUGAUAGGAUAUGCAUAUAUAAAUACUGUACAUAUAGUACGUAUAAUGAUGUACUGUAUAUACCAGUGAUGAUUGUACAGCGCUAUGGAAUUUGAUUGCGUUAUAUAAAUAGUAAAAUAAUAAUGAUUGACCUUGACACUUCAGACAUUUGUGAAUAACAUUUCCGACAAUGCUUAGCUAGUCAAUGCUUACUGAGCAUCAAGGGAAUGCAGUCCAAGUGGUAUAAUGUGUAAUUGGACCUUUGGUACAGAACUCCCACAAGAAGCUAAAAGUAUAAAAUAAGCUUUAUUUAAAACUUUGCAUGUUAAAGUGUUCAGUGUCAUUAGAAACAUUGAAUAACGGGGCUUUUAAAGGACCACUAUAGUGCCAGGAAAACAUACUAACUUAAUAACGGGGCUUAUUAAAAAAGUGGUCUGGAUACCUAUAGUGGUCCUUUAAUGAUGAAAUGUGACAUUGGCUUUUGGUGCUUUAUACUGUACUCAUCCAACCAAACACUAUUGAUGUAGGAAUGAAAUUUGCUAUGUCAGUCUGUUAAUACUUGGGGUUGUUUUGGAAUAUUUUCUUACGAUUACAACCAACGUAGUCUGUCGUAGUCAAUGUUACUUACUUUUUCUGAUGGCUCCUCUUGUUCCUGAAAGUCAUGCUAGCUUUGGAAAAUAAAUCCACACUGUUCUAUGUGAAUGUAGAUUAAUAUCGCACAUAGAGAGAGCAAGCCCCAGUUUAUGAAAUGCAUUUAAAACUGUAAAGGAAAAGGGACAACCUGUGUGAAGGAGACCCCUUCUUUGGUUGAUUGUGAAAUGAUUUUGCACGAUAUGCCCAGGCCGUGCCUUUUCAGAAGGUAGCUGUAACAUCAGACUUAAAUUACAUUGUUCUGAAUGUAUAAAAAUAGGAAUGAUGUAUAUGGAAAUAUUCUUAUAUCAAAUGUUAAAGAUCUUCAUUAGUAUUUCUCCUAAAUCUGCACAUUGUAUCUACCAGUUUACAUAAGUAAUGUGCCACUUCUUUUCUAGUCUAUAUUUUCUGCUAUGAUCAUUAUUUAGACUAACGCAAUAAUUGUGUCCUUACUUGCACAUACCUUCCAUGGUGCCUUAACUGUUAGCACUGUCUAGGCCUUUGAUGGCUACCUUUUGGUACUACAGAUAUUUGUGAACCACAUAUCUUAUGAAUGUAUUGCUGAGCAUCAUGGGAAAUGCCAUUCAUAAACAUCUGCUUGACCAGGGUUAUCUCUCUUUGGCCUAGGGUCUGGUAUGAUCCCACAUAUGUUGCAAUUUUAGCUGUUAUGGCGAUUAACCCUUUGGUCUCUAUGACUGUAUAAGGAGAUUGCGUGGAAAUUGUACAGCGCUACGGAAUUUGUAGCGCUACGGAAUUUGUGAAUAAAUAAUAAUAAUAUUGCUAGCUUUCACCAAUCCUCCAUUCUGUGAAUCUAAUCGGCUGCUUGUAUAACAAUCAUGUCCAUAAACUUAUUUGUAAAUAUAUUGGGAUUUUUUUUUUCUUUUUUAAAAUCCUUAUCGAUACCAUAAAGACCUGGCACCAACCCCUGGAAUGCGCUACAACCUAAGAUUUUAUAGGGUAUUUUAACUGUAAAGAGUUUGUUUCUAAAUCAAAGCUUAAUGUAUUUUUAUUUAUGGCAAAAAUGUUAAACCCAUUUCCUGCCAGGACUCUGCACAGUUGAGUUUUAGAUGAAAUGUGUAAAAUAAACCGGUUAAACAAAAUAUUCAUGUGGUGUUUUUUUUUUGUCUUCUUGUUUGCUAAAGGUUCAUCAUCUUCACAAAA